GGUCUACUUUAUGGCCAAUUGCGGGUGGGAUAGAUCUUACAGCUCCGAGACAAAUAUCGCAACUAACACCCCGCAAACGACAUGGUGAUAUUUUUAACACAGUUAAAGCGGACAGUUGGCGACUUUGAUUCGUAGGUACAACAUCGGUCUUCUAAUGCAUAUAAACUUCCAAAAGGUCCAUCUCAGCUCGAUCAAAUAAGAUCAGAUCAGUCAAAUUACCGCGACAUCAAUUACUGUCAAUCCACCAACCAACCGAACCGUACAUAUUCGAUACCCUGGUCUCUAAAGUCCCCAUUCUCGCGCCGAAGCAUAUGGUCAACGGCUCACCAUCGAGCCAAAAAAUAUCCAAGAAGAGACACCUUUUAGUAACAUCUUCCACUGACACGCCAAAAAGAUCGGUAAAAAAGAUUCAAAAGCAUUUUUUCGUAUAAAUACGUCAGCUAAAGGCCAUCGCAUGGUGGAAUCGACGUUUUGAUCGGGAUAUAAAUUUUUUUAUUUAGUUUUUCCUGGAAGAAGAAAGGAUUAACAGAACAAAAGGAAUAGAAGGAUACAAUUUGGAUUAACUCUUGGAAGAUGAGAGUCUUCAUAUUUGCUUUCAUCCUCUCGACGGCGUUAGCAUCGCCUCAAGGUUAUCACUAUGACAAGCCUUCAAUUCCAUUUCCGCCGCCACCGAAACCAACGGUUGAAGUUUUAAGCCCUAAACCAUUCCAGGGAUACAGUUACCCAAAACCAGCGGUACCAUUCGGUUUACCCAACGAAAUUAUCGUGACAUCACCACGGCCGAUUAUAACAACACCACAACCUAUUAUCACUUCACCGCGACCAACCAAUCCACCUCCAAAACCAUCCCUACCACCAGUAUCCUCAACAAUCAUUGUACAGCAGCCGGUUCGGAAAGGAUACGACUAUCCAAAACCAGUUGUUCAAUUUACACUUCCACCACGUGAAAUUAUUGUAACAACACCACGACCAGUUUAUACAACUCCAAGGCCAACAAAUCCUCCACCAAAGCCAUCACUGCCUCCAGUAUCUUCAACGGUAGUUAUUUCGACGCCAAUAAAGACAGGAUAUAGUUAUCCAAAACCAGUUGUGCCAUUCACGUUUCCACCACAGAAUGUUAUCGUGACGACACAACGCCCUUUCAUCACUACGCCAAGGCCAACAUAUAUAACAGCGAGACCAACAAAUCCACCACCUAAACCUUCCCUUCCCCCAAUAUCCUCCACAAUAAUUGUUUCGCCGCCAGUAAAACAGGGUUAUAGCUAUCCAAAACCAGUCGUUCCGUUUACUCUUCCUCAAAGCCCAGUAAUUAUAACGACUCAACGUCCAUUUAUAAGCUCACCUCGACCAACAAAUCCUCCACCAAAACCUUCCUUCCCGAUUCAGUCCAUAGCUGUGGCAUCUACUCCUAUCCGUAAAGGAUAUAGCUAUCCGAAACCAAGUGUACCUUUCCAACUACCAAAUGAAAUACCUACAGUCACAUACAAACCAUACGUUCCACCAGUAACGUACAUUCCUCCUACUAGUCGGCCAGUAACACUCCCACCAUCACCUCCUCCACCCAAACCUUCCGUAGAUUUCUCUUACAUUCCUCCAAGAAGACCAGUAACCCAACCACCACCUCCUCCCCCACCUAAACCAUCCGUAGAUUUCUCCUAUAUUCCACCAAGACGACCCGUAACUCCCGCACCAACUACCUAUCUUCCACCAACCUACAGGCCAAUUAUUACUUCUCCUCCACCCCCACCACCCCCAAAACCAACCUUUAUUACGCAAACCUAUUUACCUCCUACCCAACGGCCUUUUAUUACCCGACUUCCUCCUCCACCACCACCACCCAAACCUUCUCUUUCAAUUGUAAGUUCAUACUUACCUCCAGUUACCCAAUCUGUCACAUUCCCUCCACCUUCUCCGACCAAGUUUGUUACAUACAGACCACCAACUUCAUCAUAUAUCCCUCCAACAUAUAAACCUGUGACACUGCCACCAGCGCCACCACCACCAAAACCAUCACUGGUAUCCGGAUAUCAGUACCCAAGACCUAGUAUUCCUUUUGAAAUCCCAUCCCGUCCUCCACCAUCAGUUGCGGUAUUUACCCCUACUCCGACUCCUAUUCAAAUUGUAACUGCGUCCCCACAGCCAUCUUACUUGCCACCCACAUCUAUCUCUCUUCCGUCUCCGAGUCCCAGUUUUAUUCCAAAUAUAGUAAUCACUAGCCCAGCACCACCUCCAGCACCUCGUCCAAAACCAACUGUUGAAAUUGCAAUUUCGCAACCGAUAAAAACCGGAGGAUACCAGUACCCCAAACCUAGCAUUCCAUUGACUCUUCCACCUCGUCCUCCACCAACACCAGUUGUAACUCCCGCACCUACCCCAUUUAUUCCCUCUACAACACCAACCGUUUAUAUUCCUCCUGUGAUUAUUAGCUCUACCCCGCCACCACCACCUCCACCUAAACCCACUGUGGAAAUUCCUGCUCCGCGUCCUAUUCAAACUGGGGGCUACCAAUAUCCAAGGCCAAGUAUCCCACUCACCCUCCCACCAAGGCCUCCACCAACACCUGUAAUUACACCAGCUCCUACCCCAAUCUACAUUGCUCCUACCACUACCCCAGCAGUUUACAUUCCUCCAGUGGUCAUAAGCUCAAGACCUCCACCACCACCUCCACCUAAGCCGACGGUAGAAAUCCCCGCUCCACGUCCGAUUCAAACCGGAGGUUACCAGUAUCCAAAACCUAGCGUUCCACUAACUUUACCUCCUCGACCACCACCAACACCAAUUAUUACACCAGCUCCCACUCCAAUCUACAUUGCCCCCUCGACAACUCCAGCUUAUAUUCCCCCAGUUGUCAUAAGUUCAACACCUCCACCACCACCUCCUCCAAAACCAACUGUUGAAGUAAUCAGUCCUUCACCAAAACCUGCAGGUUAUCACUAUCCCAAACCUCAGGUUCCUUUCACCCUCCCCCCACCACCUCCUCCACCUAAACCCACUGUCGAGAUUGUGAACACGUAUAUCCCUCCCACGAAAUUUGAUGGGUACCACUACGAUCCUCCUAGCAUACCCUUUGAGUCGUAAGUAAGUCCUAAAUCUAGUCAUAUAUCCUCUUUAUAGAUAUUAAUAUAAACUCCUUGACACAAUCCUCCCCUCCCUGCAAAAAAAUUUAGCUAUAGAAAUUCGAUGUUUUGUAUGUAAGGCAUUUGAGAGAGCGUUUAGUUCGGGAAACAUUCAUCUCAAAAUGUUGUAUUUGAUACGCUUCAGUUGUAACGAGAAUAAAAUAUUUAAUACAGAAAUUGA